AGUGAUUACUGAUCAUCAUAUGAUUCUUUAAGAAGUGACUAACCUAGCUAAAUCAUUUUGUUUUUGUUUGUUUAUAUCUGAAUUGUAAAUUAGAAAAUAAGUUAUUUAAGACCUAUGUAAAUUUUAUUAUCUGAGUUGAUUGAUUUUCAACAGAUAUUUAUCAUUUACGCAACUUAAAAUGAUUACUGAGGUUGUUCGGAGGACCAAUGGUGAACAAUACUCUCCUAAAUCAAGUCCGAGAGGUAGUCGAUCACCGCUGGUUACUAAUAGCAGACAGGACACAACGGGUACCUUAAAAACAACCAUUUCACUAGGAAAAACACCUACAAUUGUGCACAGUGGGCCAUUCUAUUUGAUGAAAGAGCCAGGAGGUGAAAGUGAAUUAACUGGUGCUACAAAUCUAAUUAAACAUUAUAAUCUUGAACACUCUUACAAUAAAUUCUGUUGUGGACGUAAAAUCAAGGACCAAUUAAGUGCAUUUUUACCAAAUUUACCCGGAAAUAUUGAUGUUCCUGCUACUCCAAAUGAUAGUUUAAGGAGUCUUAUGGAAAAACCACCAAUCGGAGGAAAAGAAAUUAUACCUCUUGCUCAAAAUCAACUAUCUGGGUUUAGGCUUCAUCCUGGUCCUCUACCUGAACAAUUUAGACUUAUGCAUCAGCCAAUUAUAAAAAAGAAACACAAAUCAAAGAAAAGUAAAAAUAAAUCGGAGGAAACCUCGAACCACGAGUCUCAAAUUGAAAUAGCGGAAACUUCUGCUACUGGAGGGCAUGAAAAGAAGCAUAAAAAUAAAAGGAAACACGAAGACGAUAAAGAAAGGAAAAAGAAAAAGAAGGACAAGAAAAAGAAGAAAGCAAAACACUCACCUGAAUCUGUUAAUGCAUGAUAAUAUUUUCACUGCUAUUUGCGACCAUUAAACGAUUAAAAUCCGAAUAAAUUGAUCAUUCAUCAUUUCCAUUUCACAUCGAUAAUAUAAUAAAAGAAAUAUAUUUUUCUUCCAUGAUUAAAUCUCAUUUUUAAAACUGAUCAAAGGCAUUUCUGUCGAUUCUCAGAGGAAAUUAAACUUUUAAUAAAUUGA